UCUUGGCCACAACCGCGGCGUUAGAACCCCGCGAGAGGGGAAUGAGGGACGCGACCGAGGCAGCAGCGCCCACUGGGCUCCGCAGACCGCCAAGGCCCUGAGUUUAGGACGCUGCUGCGGAAUGAUGCCAAUCUGCGCGUCCGCUACACAGAUAGAUUCCAUUCAUUCUUCAUAACAUCUAUGCCAUAUUUUGAGUAACACUCCAUCAUACCACAUUAUGGUGGCAGAAGAAAUCAGAACAUUUGGGGUAAGGAGCUAUCCAAGUAAUGAUUGGUCUGAUCAAUUUUGCUCUAGGAUAUAUCUGGAUACGUUUAUUUAUCAGGCAAUAUACUUCAUUUUCAUUGACCUACAUCCCUCUAACCUUGUUUUCAGGAUACCCAUUCUGGGCAUCCUUAAUUUAUGUUAUAUCAGGAAUCUUUGCAAUAGAAGCGGAGAAGAAGCGUUACCCAAUAUUGUUGGAGUAUACCAUAAGGAUGAGCAUUAACAGUGUGGCCCUUUCAGUGGCUGGUCAACUUAUAAUUUUAUUUGAAAUUACAUUAUUUUUAGUGAAACAUGUAAAGAUUCAGUGGUCACAUCAAAGCGGAAUCAUUCUCUCAGUCUAUUUGUGGAUGUUCUCGUUAGUAGAGUUGAUCCUGGCAAAGAAAGUGGCCAAAUGGGGGAUCAAAACAAUUGACAAUACAAGCUACAACAUAUAAUAAAAGGAAUAUAUCCAUCCUCUAUAAAUCCUAUAUCAUAUCUUAGUUAAAAUGCCAAGAAGAUUUGCCUUAAGAAAGGAGACCAAAGCAUUGGGGGCUGCACAAAUAAUGAUUGCCCUGUAUCUCUUUGCAUUUGGGGUUCUCUGGAUUUUUAUGCAUUCUCUAGAAGAGCCAUCAACUAGUGUCGGUAGUACCCUUAUGAUGAUUUUAAUAUGUUACUCAUUUGUGUCAGCAUUAUUUUUCAUUACCUCAGGAUCCAGCAGCGUAAUUCAGAGGCCUUAUACUCUCUGUAAGGUUAUUACAGCAAUUGUAAUGAAUGUCCUAAGUAUCUGUGUGGCUACGUUUGGUUUAAUUAUGUUAGCCAUUGAGUUUGUGGCUUUUGAACAUCACUCAGAUGAAUACUCUUGGUCAAAUCUGUCUGGCAUGUUGCUUCUACAUUUCACACUCUUGAGCACCAUUGUAGAGUUGAUGCUUACAAUCAUACUUGUCGGUUGGUUUAAAUCAUCACUUAAACAAGAAGAUUACAAUCAAGAAAGUUCCUCACCUUCAGAAAUCUCACUGUCAGAAACCUCCAUCACCCCCUAAUUGUGAAGAACGAGUAUGACUCCUGUCAAGAGCAAAAGAUUAAGUGUGAAUUCAUGAAGAACUGCAAUUAUUUUCCAAAAGUCAUGGAAAAUGCAUUCUAAUGAAGUCACUUCUAAUACUCUUUUUUUCUAGUUCUUCAAUAAAGGAUGCAAUAUGAUCACAAGUUGACUCUUCUCUUUU